AUGGAGAUAAGGAAUGAUCGUCUGAUGAGGGAAGAAACACGGGUUUUAGAGGGAAGGGGAUUUUCUGUUGAUUCCAGAGACGAAACAGGGAGAACACCCCUAAUGAAUGCUGCUUUGAAUAGCAACGUCCAAGCGAUGAAGAGUCUGAUUAAGAGAGGAGCAGAUCCGUCCCUGAUGAGCUACGACGGAUGGAAUUCGUUACAUUUUGCCGCAAAAAAUGGAGACCCUGAUAUCAUUGAUCUUAUCCUCACUCACGUACCGGACAUUGAGUCAAAAACCGCUGACGGUACUACUCCUCUAAUCAUUGCUGUUCGUUUUGGCAAGCUGCAAGGUGUAAAGUAUCUCCUUGAGAGGGGAGCCAAUCCUUUAACUAAGGAUAAUUCCGGUCGGGAUUUUUUAUCUCAUGCCUCAUCACGUGGCUCAGAAGUUCUUGACUUACUGCUGAGUCACGUAGAUAACGGAUUUUCUGUUGCCUCCAAAGACGCAAUGGGCUGAACGCCCCUAAUGAUUGCUGUUGGGAAUGGCAACGUUCAAGCGGUGAAGGGUCUGAUUAAAAGAGGAGCAGAUCCGUCCCUGAUGGACAACCAUG